AUGCCUUCCAUCAAGAACACCGUCGCCCUUGCUGGCGCUUUCGCCGCUUCCGCUCUUGCCCACGGUACCGUCACCGGCUACGAGAUGGACGGCGCCUACGUCCAGGGCUACAAGCUCGACUACUACUACCUCAAGCAGAACGGCGGAACCCCCCCUUCCAUCGCCGCCUGGUCCGCUGAGAACCUCGACAACGGCUUCAUCGCCCCCGACGCCUACGGCACCGUCGACAUCAACUGCCACAAGAACGCCGCUCCCGGUGCCUCCUCCGCCAAGGUCGCUGCCGGCGGCACUGUCGACUUCCAGUGGUCUGCCUGGCCCGAGUCUCACAUCGGUCCCGUCCUGACCUACGCCGCCAAGUGCGACGGCGCCUGCACCUCUGCCGACCCCGCCACCCUCAAGUGGGUCAAGAUCGAUGAGGCCGGUAUCGACCUGGACACCCAGGAGUGGGCUGCCACCAAGCUCAUCAAGAACAACAACACCUGGACCUCCACCAUCCCCUCCGACCUCGCCGCUGGCAACUACGUUCUCCGCCACGAGAUCAUUGCCAUGCACGGUGCUGGCUCUGAGAACGGUGCCCAGAACUACCCCCAGUGCGUCAACGUUGAGAUCACUGGCUCUGGUACCUCCAACCCCGAGGGCACCCUCGGCACUGCUCUGUACAAGAGCACCGACGCCGGUAUCCUCUUCAACCCCUACUCCACCCUCACCAGCUACGAGAUCCCCGGCCCUGCUCUGUUCGGCUCCGGCUCUAGCUCUGGCGGCGGCUCUGCCACCCCCACCACCCCCUCCAACGGCACCGCCUCUGCUGUUCCUACCGCUGCUGCUUCCGCUUCCGCUUCUGCUGCUGCUGCUGCUGAUGCCGGCUGCGCCAAGAAGCUCCGCCGUCACGCCCGUGACCUCUUCCACGCCCGCCACUAA